GUGGCUUUAAAGCGUUUGGUCCUCCCAUAAACCCGGAAGUAGUGUGAAGGUCUUCGGCGAUGGUUGGAGUUUAAAUAAGCUUUCACUGUUGUAGACCCACAGUCGAUGUGAAAAUGGGUGUUAAAAUAGAAAUGUUUAGAAUGAUGCUGUAUCUGUCCUUUCCUGUGACCAUGUUCUGGAUCUCAAAUCAAGCAGAGUACUUUGAAGAGUACAUAGUAAAGAGAAAGAGAGAGAUCUUCCCCCCUGACGAGGGAAUGCAUAGGAAAGAGUUGGAGGACUUCAAAGAGAGAAUGCGUGUUCGUAAGGAGCGGCGAAUAUUAAAAGACAUUUCUUUGGAAUCUGAGAACUAAGGAUUAUGUGUGGAAGAUAUGUGCUCAGCACCACCAAUGGAGGACUAUCUAUAAUUGUUUCUGAAAAGUUAACACAUCCCAAAGGUGUGCUGGGCAGGGAUUAAUUAUGCCAUACCAAAUAAGUCGAAUGUUAUGUAUUAUGGACAUGUGUGACAUUUUCAUCCGAGACUUUUCAAAUGUCAAAAUGCUUUGUUUGAAUGUCUGGUCAUUCAUAAAAUAAUUAUUUGAGUUAUAUAUCUAGUUGGAUCUAAUGUAAUUAUCAUGAUUUAUUUUAUGAGGUGCAGUGCCUAUAAAAUGUUUUCACCCCCUUGGAUUUUUGGUGUUUUACAACAUUGUAUUACAGUGGAUGUAGUUAGGCAUUUCUGAUGCCUAAUCAACAGAAAGAGACCUUAAUGCCGAAGUGUAAAACAAAUCUCCAUAAACUGAUUUGAGUUCAGCACAAACAUAAAACACAAAGUGAUUACAAGCAAUUAUUAGAGGCACAUGUGGCAGCAAUUACUGUCUUUCAUUUAUGAUAUACAUUCUGGGUAGUUUUAGUUUUAUGUUCUGGAUUAUUGGACAAUUUCCCUUAUGUUACAGUUAACUUACAGAUUGCAGCAAGGUUUUUUUGAGCGUUGCCUCAGCAUGAUGCUACCACCACCAGGCAAUAUUGCAGAUACAGUGCACUUCUGGUAAUGUCUGGGUUGUGUUGUUCAUCAUCCAUAUGUUUAGUAUGAUGACCAAAAAACUUGUUUUAUGGUCAUCAGACCAUAUUACCCCUUUCCAUGUUUUAAAUGCUUUCUCAUACUUUCUGGCAAACCGUACCUAUGCAAUGCUGAAUAUUUGUUAACAGUAUCUUUCUUAUAAGAUUAGUUAUUGUGCUGCAGAGGUUUUGAAUGUUGCUUUGUCUACAUGAUUUUUGCACCUUGCAGAUGUCCUAAACAACUGGCUGCACCAGUCAGCUGUGUGAUUCUGUGGGGGACGUAAAAGCCUAUUUACAUCCACUGUGUUUGUUUGACACCACAGGCACUGUUUAUGUGUAUUCGUCUUGUUAACAUGUAUUUUUUAAUGCUGUUGUUUUUCAUUAAGAUCAUAAUUUGUUGGUUUUGUUUCACCUAUUCUAGAAGCAUAGAUUUCCCUAAUGGAUAUGGUUGUGAUAUGAAGAGAUGUAUCUCAUGUGCUGCAUUCUAUGGUCACUUUGUGAGCAGUGGAUUGCUGGUUUGAAUACCUGGAUUAUCAGCCAAUAUUUUGAGUAGGAACGGGAUGUGAGUGACUAACUUGAGCAGAGGCAUUGGCUGUCCAAAUGAAGUGUGACCCAAAUGUAACUCCUGGUACAAGGCGAACAAUGCAGAUGACUCAAAUAUGUGACCGAUCAUGGUUUCCCCUGUAAUUCCUGUGUGUGUGUUAAUGCUUUUUAGAAAUUACUUACUAUUGCUUAGAGUGUAAAUAUCCAUUUGAAACCCUAUUUGGAAGUGGAAUGAUGCGAUAACAUAUGUUACAGUGCUAUCGAGUCUCCAUCUCCACUUACCUGUGAAUUUGGCACUGAAUGUCGCUAAAAUGAUGUGCUGAUUGAUAUGGAAAAAGCAUCAGUUUCAAGAUAAUGUUUUUUUAAGAGAUAGCACUUGUUCUCACAUACUUUUGAAAAAAACAGAUCAAUAAAUAAUUUUGAAUAUGA